UGCCGCAAUUGUGACUACAAACAGAUCGCCGACAAUAACUGUGUUUACGUGAAUAAGAUAACACACGAUAUCGACGAGUUGGCACGUGUUGUGAGUGAUGUGAUCCACGACCCGACACUUCCCCGCACUCGAGAGCAUCCCUGUCCUCAGUGUGGCCAUAAGGAGGCCGUCUUCUUUCAGGGACAGUCCCGUAGGGCUGAGGACGACAUGAGGUUAUACUACGUGUGCACGAACUCCAAGUGUACCCAUAAGUGGACCGAAUGA